GCCACGAUGAACCCGAAGGCGCAUGCGAUCUCGGGGCUCAUGCAGCAGCUCAAGUCGGGCGAGAUCUCGAAAGCAGAGCUCUUCCAGCAGCUCUCCAAGCUGCAGCCAUCGACGCCCGAGGUGCCCGCCGAGGCGCCGCCCCGCCAGACGCUGCAGGUGCUCGAGCCCGACCGCGCCGGCGUCUCGCACGACCAAGCCAAGAUCAUCAGCGUGCACCAGCUGCUCGCGAGCCGCCUCGCCGCCGAGCGCAGCCCCGUUGUUCUUGAUGCGCCCAAGUCGAUCGACUCGAUUGGCCGGUCGUUCUACGUGCCAGCGACGUACCAAGAGUCGUCCUCGGGCGCCAGCAGCCUCAGCGACGAUGCAAACCCGGCCUGCAACGAAGCGUACGAAGCGACGUCGCCGCAGCGCUAUGUACAGUACCUCGACGAAGACUCGUUCCAUGUGCGUGUCUCUCGCUGGAAGCAGCAAAAAGAGAGUCUCAAGGAGCGGCUCAAGCAGGAGCAGCUCGAGUCCGAGCUAGUCGAAUGCACGUUCUCGCCUGCCAUCAAUUCAAAAUCGAAAAAAGUGGCCUCGCGCCUCCGGAGCCGGAGCACCGACACGGUCUCGGACCGCCUGUACAAGGAUGUCGUUAACUAUAAACUCCGGGACGAGCUUGCCGUGCGCGCAAGAGAACAAGAGGACGAGGACCGGCAGCGCGAGUGCACGUUCCGACCGCACGUGACCAAGAGCGCGUACUCGUCGAUCGCGCGCUCCAAGUACAAGGAGAAGGCCUACAAGAAGUUUGCGCCCGACGUGCCCACACUGGAGAUGGAGCAGUGUACGUUUAGCCCCAAGAUCAACGCAAUUCCAAAAGACAUGGUCUCGGCCCAGCUCUACACGCAACAAAAUAUCUUUGACCGGCUCAGUCGUCCGCUGACGGGCUAUGACGGAGUCGACGAACAUCCCUCGAUGCUCGGUGGUAGCUCCAGCGGCGGCUCGCUUCUCUCCGAGUCGGUGCACAGCCAAGACGACAUUCGUAUCAACCGUGGCCACCACGCGGGCCAGGGCAAGCCGCGACCGAACUCGGCCGGCUCGGCGCGCACCGACGACAGCGCUGAAGUUGCGGCGCGCCAGCGGCGGUUCGAAGCCUUUGUGCACCGCCAAGAGGCCAAGCAGCGCGAGCGCCACGCCAAGUUGGAGUCGGCGCGGCACCGGACCGAGUUUGACUUCAAGCCCGAAAUCAACAAAAAAUCGAUCGAGAUCAUGCAGCAAGGACGGAAAGGCGACUUUAUCGAGCGCGUCGCCAAGUACGCACUCCGCAAAGAACACGACAAGCUCAAGAAGAAAAGUAUCAAGCUCCAGGACCCCCAGUGUACAUUCCGCCCGCAAAUCAACGAAGCCAGCAUGAGACGCGCGGGGCGGUCGGUCACGGAGCUCAGCCGCGGCGAUCUGCUCAAACGAGAAACCUCCCAGCGCCUCAUGAAGCUCAAGAUGGAGCAAGGCGAGAUGGCGCAGCUCACGUUUCGGCCGCAGGUCAACGACCACCGCGGCGAAGGCAAGCUCAAGGUGCUCUCGAGCCCCGAGACGUACGUCCAACGCCUCCAAGAACAGACGCUCAAGCUCUACGAGAAGCAGCGCAAAGCGCUCCAGCAGCAAGAGAUCCAGGAAUUUCGCGAAUGCACGUUCAAACCCCGCACAAAGGAAGUCCCAGGGUACAUUUCGCGCAUUGCCAAGAGCAUGGAGAUUGCCAAGGCCAUGCAAAACAAGAACGCCAAGCCCCGAGUGGCGCGGCCCGAAUGGAAAUAACGGCUUCUCGUCCUUGUCGUAGUGUAACUACUAGAGUCGUCUACUCGUCCUCGUCUUCUUCGUCCAUGA